AUGUCAACCGUAGCAAAUUUCAGGACAUUAUCCGACCUUUCAAAAUCCAAUAGUGCAGCCGAAGGUGACGCCGCGCUUGGUGAGGGCGGAGGCGAGCUGGCGGCACCGGCGGUAGGUCUGGUGCCACGUGUAGGAGACGGAGCCAUGGAUGACGGAUUUACUGGUCGGGUGGACGAGGGCGACUCGCUCCAGGAACCCGGGAGGCGUCAACGCCGUGUAGUUAGUCUCGCUCUGCAACCCCAAUCUGCGCGUUUUCUUGUGGUUUGCCGGCCCGUGGGCUCUUCUCAUCGGCUUCCUGGGAGUGGCGAUGGGGUGUGGGUGUUCGGAUCUCCGCUGAGUUCUCAGCUUUCUUCCCCUUUCCUCCGGUGGUGGUCUGGGGAGGACCAUAGUUCUGUCCUCCGACUAGUGGUGAUAGCAGAGGUGGGGCCGUGGUGGGCGGAGGAUUGCGGCAGAUUCGGUGGGGUGGAUGGUGCCUCGGUUGUUCGGCGGCGAUGGUGUCGGACGGCCGGAGCUCCGCUAUGCCUCCAGCCUUCUUCCCCUUUCCUUCGGUGUUGGGUUUGGGGUGGACCAUUGUUCUGA